CUUGCUUGGUGUAUAUGAGUUUGUCGGUCUCUUUGGCUGAUUGUUGAACGAUGGAGCUGCAGCAGGAGCAUUGUGUGUCAUUAAAUAUGUAUGACAUUCAAGAACAAAGAAAGACUGAGGACAUCUAUCAGACUCUGCAGACCCCACCAACUCUGCAGACCCCACCAACAGUAAUCACAAGAAAAGCUUCAGGGAAAAAGAUAACUGUUCCACUCCUCAUCAUAAACAUCCUCUUACUGACCACCAUCCUUUUGGUUGUGGGGAUAUACUUUCACUACUUUAGACAAAGUGGAGUAGAAGAAGUGUUAAAUGCCCAGAAGAUAAACCAAGAGAUGUGGUAUCUUCAUGAUGGCAAGUUCUAUUUGUUCUGGAAUAACCACAGUGACUGCAGAACUGCUUAUAAGUUUUGCCUGAAGCGGCGCGCCAAGCUUGCCACUGUGACAGCAGACAACAGGGAAUGGCUGCAAUCACAAAUCAAUGGAAAACACAUGCUAGUGCAAAUGAGCCAAUCACAAAGUUCGGGAGAUGGUUUCUUGGAUUAUGACAUCAGUGGAAAGCACCUGCUGGUGAAAAGGGAUGACAUGGAUUACAAUGAUACGUUUGUGGUGGUAUUCGAGCCCAGCUGUACAACGUUUGGUGAGUCGUCUGAUCUCAGUGAGCUGGCAGAGGGAUGGGUGUGUGCUUCUGACCAAAAGUACCUGCUCCAGGUUCACUCCGUUCACUUAGGUUUGCAAUCUUCUACAGUUGGGACCCAGAACAAAACUCUUAACCUUCUCAGCUCUGUGGGUGCAGCAUCGACCCCAGCUUCCUAAAAAGCUACAGAACAAGCAACUCAUUGUGUUAAUGUUUGUGCGAUAAAUGUUUAGUAAACUUUGUAGACAGUUAUAGACAGUUAUAAACAUAGACUAAACAUCUUUGUUUCUUUUAACAGACUCCCUCUAAAACAUCUCUGUUUCUUUUAACUUUACUUCAUUUGCUGCAUCUUGCAUUUUUUUCGUAUUAUUAAAUUUAAGAUUGGAAAAAGUGAUGUUGAUGAUGAUGAUGAUCAUGAUGAUGAUGGAACAACUGUUUAUAGCGACUAUAAAUAUUUUUUUUAAGUAUGACUUCAUUUCUUUAAUAAAUUCAACUUGCAUGUC